ACCCUAAACGCCAGGGCCACAAGCCCAACUCGCUAGGUUGAUGAAGAGUUCUCUCGCCGGGCUCGGCGCGGCGAUCUACUCCUCUUCCCUUGUCCGGCCGCCGCCCUUCCACGGCCGAGUAUCGGCAAGGUUCGUCGCGGUCCGAGAAAUGAGCACCAGCUGUACCAGUUUCUCGACCCGGGUUUUCCAGCUCCGGCGCGACCCCCUUACCGGGGAUUCCGAGUGGAUAGUCGUUGAAGAAGGAGGCGAGGGAGAGGGAGGGGAGGGUAAGCAUGGUGCUAAGUGCCUUCUGGCCACCACCUCUUACCUCGAUAUGCUCAAUGAUUCCUGUCGGAAUCGGGCAUUCCGAGCGGCUAUUGAGAAGACGAUCAAGGGUCCUUGCCACGUCCUUGACAUCGGAGCUGGAACUGGCCUAUUGUCAAUGUUGGCAGCACGCACGAUGGAGAAAUUUGGUGAAUCCUCAGUGGCGACUGUGUCAGCUUGUGAGUCUUACCUUCCCAUGGGGAAGCUAAUGCGUAGAGUAUUGCGGGGAAAUAAGAUGGAGAAGAAGAUAAAGGUCUUCCACAAGCGAUCUGAUGAGCUUGUUGUUGGCGUGGACCUUAAAUCACGAGCAGCUGUGUUGGUUAGUGAGAUAUUAGACUCAGAAUUAUUGGGAGAAGGACUGAUACCAACUCUACAACAUGCUCAUGAUAUGCUACUCAUCAAGAACCCACAAACUGUUCCAUAUUGUGCCACUACCUAUGGACAGCUAGUUGAGAGCCCAUACCUGCAGAAGCUGCAGGAUUUGUUCCAUGGUGAAGCAAAUUUAUCCGAUGGAGUUCAUCUUACAUGUCCCGGUUUGGAAGGGAUUAUGGGCAUUAAAAAACAACAAUAUGCCAUGCAUUGUGAUGCCAUGUUCAAUGAUCUACGACUGUUGUCAGAGCCCUUCAAAGUUUUUGAGUUUGACUUUUGGAAACGACCAGAGAGUCAUGGUGAAAUCAAAAUAUCAGUAAAAGCUAGCAGUGAAGGCAAUGCCAAUGCUGUAAUUUCAUGGUGGGUGGUUCAGUUGGACUAUGAAGGUUCAGUGGUAUACACCACAGCUCCUAGAUGGAUUACAAGGACAGAUGAUAUAAAAGAAGCAACUUGUGUUCCUGACGCUAAAGAUUGGUGUGAUCACUGGAAGCAAUGUGUAUGGUUCAUUCCAGGACCAGGACUUCCUGUUUCCAAAGAUGAAAAUGUUGUCUUUAAUGCCACCCAUGAUGAAACUAAGAUUUCAUACCACCUCAAGUGUGAUAAUUCAUUGAUCUACAGCAACACCUAUGGGGACUGCCGUCUAGAGCUUUCACCGGAAAGAAUUGCCUUGUAUGGCGACAGAGAUUGGAGGUCAGGGUUAAUGACUGCUAUGAGAAAUAUCUUGCAUGCACAAUCUUCUCAAUUUUGUGUCGUUGCUGAUGAUAGUGUGUUCUUAACAAUUCUAACUGCAUGUCUCUCCAAAAAUGCAACCAUAGUUUCAAGUUUUCCUGGGCUACAAGAAAAAGGUGAAAAGUAUCUGCAAGCUGUUGCCAACGCAAAUGGUUUUUCUAUGGAUCGUAUAAAAGUUAUGGGAAUGAGGUCACCCAACCUGGCUAAAAAUAAUCUUAUACAAAGAAAGGUUGAUCUUCUGGUUGGAGAGCCAUUCUACUAUGGAACUGAAGGGGCGCUCCCAUGGCAGAACCUACGAUUUUGGAAGGAGAGGACUCUACUUGACUCCGUGUUGUCUGAAGAUGUCAUCGUCAUGCCUUUUAAGGGAGUACUAAAAGUUUGUGCCAUGUCUCUUCCGGAUCUUUGGAGAAGCCGGUGUUGCCUGGAAAAUGUUGAAGGCUUUGAUCACUCGGUCGUGAAUGAGACUCUGGGUGCAUGUGGCAAUUUACCACGAAUGAUCGAAGGUCCUUGUCUGCCUUAUUAUGUCUGGCAGUGUGGUGAGGUUCAGGAACUCAGCGGUGUUCUUCCACUCAUGGAGUUCGAUUUCGCAAAUCCUAUCCAUUCUUGUUCUGGGAAAACAAAGAUGUGGUUCUCCAAACCGGGACUAUGCCAUGGUUUUGUACUCUGGAUCGACUGGGUAAUGGAUGAAAAAGGCUCCGUCGUAAUGUCAGCUGGACCAGCUAGUAGAUACCAGAAACAGGGAGUGAAGCUUCUCAGCCAGCCUUUCAAUGUCAAUACGACCGACUGUUUUGUUGAGAUAGAGGCGUCUUUCGAUCAUUCUUCCGGGGAAAUCACUGUCUCAUCAUUCUUUUCACCAUUGCAAUCAGGUUCUUCAUUACCAAUUGACCAAAAGAGCAACUAACCUAACAAAGAUCAAGAAUAGACUCUGAAUUAAUGAAAGUGAUACGACAUCAACUUUGAGCAGACUCAUCCUUAAAAUGAGUCGCUUGAGUGUCCCACCAAUGAUUUAGCCUUCCACAUGCAAAUCAUAAUAAUUAGGUUUGGUUCAUUUUUGGUCCGAGAUACCCGAGCAUUCUGUCGGAGCAACAAGCCUAGCUCCAUGAUCGCAUCUCUUUUCGUCUGGAAAGGAGGAGAAUAAAAAGAGGAAGCCUGGCCGGAUGAGAUUG